GGGCCUGUGCGCGUGCGAGAGAAGGUUUGCCGCCCCUCCUGCACGGUGCUCUCGGAAGGCUAAGCUCAGCCACCUGGACGCUAAGGGCAGAGGCAGAGGGAGGAACGCUGUGCUACGAGGACAGGCUAGGGUCCUUCUUUCACCAUGACGUCCGUGGAUUUCGAGAAGCUUCGAAUGAGCGGUGCUGGGAAGGCUAUGGCAGUGCUGACCAGCGGCGGAGAUGCACAAGGUAUGAAUGCUGCAGUUCGAGCAGUCACCCGUAUGGGAAUAUAUGUUGGAGCCAAGGUGUAUUUAAUUUAUGAGGGUUAUCAAGGGCUGGUUGAUGGGGGUGAUAACAUUAAACUGGCAAACUGGCUGAGUGUUUCCAACAUCAUCCAGCUGGGUGGCACAAUCAUUGGUAGUGCCCGUUGUAAAGAGUUUAUGACUCGUGAGGGGAGGCUGUCUGCAGCUUACAACCUGGUCCAGCGAAGGAUAACCAACCUCUGUGUAUGUGGUGGGGAUGGCAGCCUCACAGGGGCCAACAUCUUCAGGACAGAAUGGAGUGGGCUGCUGGAAGAACUGGUCAAAACAGGAAAAAUUACAGAAGCUGUUGCAAAGCAGUACAGACAUCUGAAUAUCGUGGGUCUAGUUGGCUCCAUUGAUAAUGACUUCUGUGGUACUGACAUGACCAUUGGUGCCGACUCUGCAUUGCAUAGAAUCAUGGAGGUCAUUGAUGCCAUCACGACGACUGCUCAGAGUCACCAGAGGACAUUUGUGUUAGAAGUAAUGGGGCGCCAUUGUGGGUACCUUGCACUGGUAUCUGCCCUGGCAUCUGGAGCAGACUGGCUGUUCAUUCCUGAGGCACCACCAGACGAUGGCUGGGAGGACCGUUUGUGCACAAGGCUUGGAGAGAGCCGCAGCAAGGGAUCAAGACUGAAUAUUGUCAUCUUGGCUGAAGGAGCCAUUGAUAAAAAUGGAAAAUCCAUUACCUCCAACUGCGUGAAAGAUCUUGUUGUGAAACGUCUGGGCUUUGACACCAGAGUGACUGUGCUUGGCCACGUGCAGAGAGGUGGGACCCCCUCUGCUUUUGACAGAGUCCUGAGCAGUAAAAUGGGAAUGGAAGCAGUUCUUGCUUUGUUGGAAGCCACACCAGAGACCCCUGCGUGUGUUGUCAGCCUGUCAGGAAAUCAGGCAGUCCGUCUCCCACUGAUGGAGUGUGUGCAAAUGACCAAAGAAGUUCAGAAGGCCAUGAAUGAACAAAGAUUUGAAGACGCAAUACAACUACGUGGAAAGAGCUUUGAAAAUAACUGGAACAUUUACAAGCAGCUUGCACAUCAGAAACCUGCCCAGUCAAAGAGCAACUACUGUAUGGCAAUCCUGAAUGUUGGAGCCCCAGCUGCUGGGAUGAAUGCCGCUGUGCGAUCAGCUGUGCGAGUUGGGCUGGCAGAAGGCCAUAAGCUCUAUACUGUGAGCGACGGAUUUGAAGGUCUCGCAAACGGAAUGUUGAAGGAAGUGGCAUGGGGAGAUGUGGGUGGCUGGACUGGACAAGGAGGAUCAUUACUUGGCACUAAGAGAACACUUCCCAACACCUUCAUGGAAAAGAUUGUGGAAAACAUUCGCAAAUACAACAUUCAGGCCUUGCUGGUCAUUGGUGGAUUUGAGGCUUAUGAGGGUGUCCUACAACUGGUAGAAGCCAGAGGACACUACGAUGAACUUUGUAUUGUUAUGUGUGUCAUCCCAGCAACCAUCAGCAACAAUGUGCCAGGCACAGACUUCAGUCUGGGUUCAGACACGGCCGUGAACGCCGCCAUGGAGAGCUGUGACAAGAUCAAGCAGUCUGCUUCAGGGACAAAGCGCCGUGUGUUUAUAGUUGAGACAAUGGGAGGUUAUUGUGGCUACCUGGCCACCACAACAGGUAUUGCUGUUGGUGCAGAUGCAGCAUACAUUUUUGAAGAGGCUUUCAACAUUCAUGAUCUAAAGACUAAUGUGGAGCAUUUGACAGAGAAAAUGAAGACAGACAUUCAAAGAGGCCUUGUUCUGAGGAAUGAGAAGUGCCAUAAUCAUUACACCACGGAGUUCAUGCACAACCUGUACUCUGCUGAGGGGAGAGGUAUCUUUGAUUGUCGGAUAAACGUGCUGGGACACUUGCAGCAGGGUGGAGCCCCCACACCAUUUGAUAGGAAUUAUGGCACAAAACUUGGAGUGAAGGCCGUACAUUGGAUAACUGACAAGUUGCAAGAAACUUACCGACAAGGUCGAGUAUUUGCCAAUGCACCUGACACAGCAUGUGUGAUUGGAAUGAGAAGGAAAGUCCUCUCGUUUAGCCCUGUCACACAGUUGAAAGAGCAAACAGAUUUUGAACACAGGAUGCCCAAGGUGCAGUGGUGGUUCAAUCUACGUUUAAUGCUCAAGAUGUUGGCCAAGUAUCAGACCAGCUUUGAAGAGUAUGUGCGUGGGAAGAUUGAGCAUGUGACUCUGCGGAGCCUUAGUAUAGAUAAAGGAUUUUAAAGCUGUUCUUUGAUAAUAUUCCUUUUCCUGUCUGACCCAUUGUGCCAUCUUUUACUGUCAAGCUCCUGUUUCUUCUGCCCUUACAAACCAGUGGUGUGGUGGCACCUCUGACUUAUUAAAACAAACCUCUUGCUGUAUAUUCUGCAGUGAAGAAAUAUGAAAACUUUGGAAGUUAUGAGGUUACUGUCGUACUUAGUCCUGAUCAGUAAGCAUAUUGAGUGCAGAAAUUAGGAAUACAGAAUGUUCAAAACUAAAGGACAUACUUUUUCAGUGCCAUCUUUUGAUUUCUGGUGCUUGUCUAGGAAGUCUGUAGCUGCAGUAUGUUACUAAGACCAGUGCACUAGUACCACACAAAUGUACAAAAAAAUACAGUAUCCCUUUUGAAACACCCAAGUCUAGUACUUAAUAUUUUGCUGUAGUGUGUGGAGACAAAAGGAUCUUCAUUCUCCAGAAGUUGGAACUUGGAGGCUGGCAUUGUGACUUGUGCCAAUGCUUCACUGCCCCGCUGGUUUUCUUUUAGGCACUUUGGUUUUCUUUCUAAUUCCAAACACCCUUAUGUGUUAGAUUGAUGAAUAACACUGAGCCGCCAUGAACAAGUGCAACCUACGAUGGACUGGCUUCUUACUUAGUGUUGGUUCCUGCUUCUCUGACAGUUGUGACCCCCCCCAGAUUUGUAACAGCAUAAACAGGUUGAGGAAAUGGACAGAGUGAUGGUCUUCUGGUAACACAAGGCUGUGGCCAGCAAUUUAUUAAACCAGCAUUUUUUUUCUUUACCUCUCCUCCUGUUUUCAGUAUUAAUGAACACAUUUUUAAAAUGUUUUUGUAUCUGUCAAUAGAAGGUGAACUUGGUAAUAAAGGGCUGUCUGUAAAUGUCAAAUAUCACAGUUUUAGAAUUGCUGUCAUGUAUGUGCAAUGUGCCUGUAACUGCUGAAGACCAAAACCUCACAUCUGCUCCUGAAGGUUUGGCUUUUUGUCUUCUUGAAAUGUUUACCCAUUUACAACCUCUGAGUUAAGAAAAAAAAUUCUGCUAGUAAAUGAUGUACAGUAUUUUGCUUUUCUAUGAGCCUCCUGAGGCUUUUUUUCACUGAUGACAGCUAAGAAGACAAUCUAAGCAUUUCAUUUUCCCAGUGUUGAUUGCUUUAUGGCAACUUUCUCCAUUCUAGACUUAAGAGGCCAUCAAAGGUCUAGUAAUGAUUUUUAACAACAUCAAGUAAUAUUAAACAUUUCAAACUUUA